AUGUCCUCCUCAGAUGAGGAGGCUGUUCGCCGUCCUGGCCGCGGGGCCGCUCAAAGUCCCGCCCCGAGCGAUGCUGGCAAUGACUCCGGUGCUGAGAACUUCGGAGCCGGCGACCAGAUGGAUGAGGAUGAUGAUGCUGAUCUCUUUGGAUCGGAUGGGUCCGAUGGCGGAUUUGACAACGUGGACCGUGGUCACCGCAAUUUGGAUGAUGAGCGCCUCGACUCUGGCGACGAUGAAGACCGGUUCGAUCGUCGCGAAGACCGCAUGGAUGAAGCCCCAGAUGAGGACGGCUUCGGCGAGACUGUCAAUAUUAUGGACGUGGGCCUUGCGCGGGCGCCGGUGCCAGCGACCAGCGAUGGACAGGUCUACACGAUGCGUGUCCCUGAAUUUCUCUCUGUCGAAGCCGAAGAGUUCAAUCCGGAAACCUACGUUGCGCCCCCAUACUCCACAGCCGCGACGUCCCUCUGCUGGCGCAAAGACCCGGACGACGAGUCUCUCCUGCAAUCAAAUGCGCGUAUGAUCCAGUGGGAGGAUGGAUCCAUCACACUACAGCUAGCAUCCGCCCCAACCGAGCAAUAUCGUAUUGCAUCCAAACCUCUUGCACCUCUCAACAAGUCCGGCCAGUAUGACACGAAGCUGGACUCCCACGUCUACCUUGGUGCUGCUGUAGAAACUGCGUCGGUCUUCCGAUUGACCUCGCAUGUUACUCACGGCUUGACUGUCCUCCCAACCACCCUGGAAACCGACGAUGCUGUGCAGAAGCUCCAGGAAUCCUUGGCGGCGGCUACUCGUGGUAACAAGCAGACGGCAGACGGCUCGGCUCCUGUGAUCGAUCUCAAGGAAGAUCCCGAACUGGCCUCUCGUAAGGCUGAGCGGCUGGAGAAGGAAUCUAUGCGGGCGGAGCGUCGCCGCCAGCAGCUGGCCGAUCGUGAAGCGGAUCGUGGCCGUCGCAUGGCACCCCGUACUCUUGGCUCCGGUCUCAGCGUGGGUGGCCUCGAGGACGGUGGCUUGCUCACUACCCGCCCUCGUGGCAAACCACGUCGCACAAACCGCCGCGGAGAGAUCAACACGGAUGAUGAGGACGACUAUGGCCGUGGUCCCCGUACCCGAGAGGACGAAUACGACGAGGACGAUGGCUUCCUGGUUGGCAGUGAUGAAGAUAUCGAAGAGGAAAUUGAUGACGACGACGAAGAGGUGCUGGAUGACGAUGAUAUGGAUGCGGAGGGCGAGGUGGAUGAUGAGAUUGCACCCUCGAAGCCCGCCGCUAAAGCCGAGACACCCCGAUCUGGGACACCCCCAGCUCGGAAGAAGAACCGCUAUGUGGUUGAUGAUGAUGACGAGGACGAGUGA